AAUGUUUGGUUCCUGAAUCCACAGUGCGUGGGGUUGGCUAGGCAGUGCCAGGACAGUCCUAGUCUGCCUAGUUACUGCGGACAACUGGAAUCUGCAGGUAUUGCCUCUUUUGGCUAACACACAGUCUGUCCAGCAUCAGCGGUGAGUGGGUGGAGCCCCCAAUUGUGCUUUGCUGGCUGGCAUGCAAUUCCGCAGAAUUCGAUCCCACCAACUCCGUGCCUGGUCAACCAAAGGUGCCACACACCUCAUUCACACCCUGGCAUACAGCCCAUCCCGUCACAAUACAUACAACAAAAGCAUGAUUUGCCCCUCUCUGGAGAGCGUAUGAAUUCGAAUAGCGUAGCUUAUAGGUGACUAGCAAGCAGAGGAAAUCGAUUUGACCGAGCAAAUUAGCAGGUCAGAAUGGAGUACACUUGGAUUCGGCUUUUAACAGUCCCUGCAUCACGAAGGCCCCCCAUCGCAAGUCGUCCUCCACAAAAAGCACAGAAACCAUCGGUGGCGUUGUUAGCCGGAACGCCAGGGCAGCACUACCUGUACCUGAAAGCAACUGUACUUUGCAUCUUGAACAGGCCGCUCGCUGAAGGGUGAGCUUGAACCAACUGUUCACCGACCCGAACCCGUCCCCGAAACCUGAACGUCAUCCUUCACCUUGAAAGCCAUUGAUGCCAUGCCGCUUCCCGCCUCAUUCGCAGCUUUUCAUCGUGGCCUUCCUCGCACCGCCAAAAGUCAUUCCUGGCAACAAAGCAGCCCUGCUUGACCAAGCCGGGACAGAUGGACACCUUGAAAGAAGCAAUUCUGGAGUCUAAUAUCUUGCGUCCCCGCCAGCAGCAGGGGGAGCAAGAGAGACAACAUUUCUCCACCCCCGUCCCCCGGCAGCCCCCGUCCCCCGUUUCACCGCAGCCCCAGUCGUGGCAGAGACGGUCCCAUUCUUUUUUGCCUCUAGACCCCUGCUGCCAGGUCAUCCUCGAUUCCGUAUUCCUUGCAACCUCCACCGGCUCACUCUCCGCUGCACCACACACGCACAGCGAGCUGCCGUCCGGCCUGUCCAUUGACUUCAUUGCUUUCCCCCUGUGGAUAAGUGUGGGAGGGGUUGCUUGUUUUGUGCUUGGCAUACCCUUCUUUCGUCUUGACUCCUCUGUCCCAUACCCUGCCCUUCUAUAAGACCGGUGCCGGCACUGACAGACGGUCUGUUGGAGAGAGAGCAUUAAGCAUUAUCGUGCAGCCAUCACCGCCGCCACAUCUUCACGCAAUUCUACCCUUCAAAAAUUUGACCGUUAUUAGACCGGAUCGUCACCGUCACGGCCCGCUUCUGGACUGUCUCGCAGCCCACGCUCACCUAGCCUUUCUAGUUCAGGCGUGAUUUUGCCCAUUAUCCCACGCCCUCAGGUACCAGCUUCGAACACCACCACCGGCUGCUGAUCCUGCCCGCCCAAGUGCUCGUUUUGCCCGAUUCAAACCAAGCACCUGCUCCCCACGCCUAACCAGGACCACGGCCGUUCAGAGGAGACCCUCUUGCGGCAUCCAUCCCACUCGUUUCAUCCCAAUUGAACCCGCCCUGGCAGGGCCCUUGGGUGACCAUAGGGAUAUUUUGUGCGCAGAUCCCUUCUGCCGGAAAGUCGUCACUUGUUGCUGCGUCUCCACCUGUCCCGCUGACCAGAGAGGGCAAUAACGUUCAGACGACUUGUGAAGCGAUUGGCUUAGCGUGCAGUCUGGGAACUCCAUCCUCGCAGGCGCAGGGCUGCUUGCUUGCGCAUGCCAUCUGUGCUCAUCUCUUGUCACACUCAGACCCCCCCUCCCCUCCUCCCAACCCCAUACACACCCAGACACCUUCAAAGACACUUAAGGACGCUGAUCCGUCCUUCUCGACUGCCCGUGGUCCGAUCUUCUUCUCGAGUCCGACCCAGCUUAAAGGAAUCACACACCUGAUCAGCACCACUAGCAUCUCACUUCCAACAACGCUUCGGAAAGGGGAUUACUUACACCAACACACCGUCCCAUCUCAUCAUGACUAUGACCAUAGACACACACAACCAACACCGCUUCGGAUCCUUAAACUUCGACCACAUGUCUUCCUACUCGAGCCACCCGCACUUCACCAACCCUUGGGUUUCGACGUCGGCCUCUGCUGGCCCCGGACCUCAGGGUGGGAGUCAGAGCCUCUACGUGAGCAGCCAGGACAGCACCAGCCUACCUCACCUCAACCUCAACGGCCUCUCAAAACACCAACAUUCCAACAGGCCCAGCGGCAGCACGUCGAUGGCGCCAUAUGCCCCCCUUCCCGUCUCAGCGUCAUCAGCCGGAGAUGUCUACAGCAGACAACACGAUAUGAUGCCCAUGUCCCAAGAUCUCCUCAGCAUCAACCGGUUACAACACCCAACCACAUCGGCUGCCCCUUACGACACCUCGGCCUACACAACAUCGGCGUCUCCUGUCACGGCAUCCUACGCCACAUCACCAACAGCUUAUGAUCAGCUUGGCUACGCGCCAGCGCCUAUCAGGGGGACAUAUGCUGCGCUCGCGCCUGAAGACAGCUCCAGGAGGUACUCUCAGCAGUCAGUCGCUUCCAGCCUCAUGAGCCUCCACUCGUCUGGCGGCCCAGAAGGCCAGUACCAGCAUACUUCAGAAUCUGACUAUGAUUUCAGGGGACUUCAACCGGACGACCGGAGAAGCUUUCAAGAUGCCCUCGAGGCAAGCCAUGGCAUGAUGUCUCUCAGCCAGGACACACCCCGCAACAUCUACGAUGUUCGUGCUCGGCAACGAGGGUCGACCGAGUCUUAUGGGUUCCCAUCCACCCACUCAGCGACCUCGAGCGUGUCCUCGACCGGCUUCAGCCCUUACUAUGGUGGUUCUGUGGACGGGUCGGUAAGCGACUACUCGACGACGGGUUCCGACAUCGAGUCGCUGUCCGGGCGCACACUCCCAAGGCCCCAGGGUCUCAUGUCGAGCCAGCCACCAGCGCCGCAGUCGAUGAUGGGAUCAUUCAGCUCCAAGGUCUCCUCCAGCACACAAAAGAAGCACAAGUGCAAGGUCUGUGACAAGCGAUUCACGAGACCAAGUUCAUUGCAAACGCACAUGUACAGCCACACAGGAGAGAAGCCAUUCCAAUGUGAGGUUGAGGGAUGCGGUCGCAACUUCUCCGUCGUCUCCAAUCUUCGUCGGCAUAGAAAGGUUCACAAGAACCAAGGAGAGCCCCAGACACCAUCAGAAACUGGUUCCGAGGAUCACCAAUCAGACGAAUAAAUAUGAAUCACCUCACUGUCCGAUCCCCUAUUCUCAUCAUGUCCGCCAUCACCACCUCGCCACAAUCAUUCAACAAUAGAACUACAACCUUGUAAUUUAUCGUCACUUACACACAACACACAUACCACACCAUACACAUAUGAGCAUUCAGGGGAUCACAUCCACCACAUCGAACGCCAUACUUCUUCUACGGACGAGUCAACAUCCUAUCGCUUUUAAUCCUAUUUUUCUUAAUCUCCCAUUGGUCAAAAGAGCGAAGAGCGGCAUCUUCCAACAGGAAAUGAGGCAGGAGAUGUCUCCCUUGGACGAUACCCUCAUGGCAUCGGCGUUACGGGUUGUGUUUUUUCCUUUUUUGUUAAAGGCAUGCAGCAAGCUGCAUUUGCCCUUCUGUACUGUCGCUUGCGUGUCACACUAUACGGAUUUUCAUUGUCACAAAACGGAUUUGGAGCGGACGGCGGGGGUUUUCGGAGGUUAGGUCUCCAGAGUUUGGGACACAACAUACACGAGAUGUACCCUGGCACGACAUGGUAGAUAUUUUCUAGCGAUGAGGAACGAAAGCAGAGCAGGGGCGGCAUCACUAUCACUCCUCCUCUCCCUGGCCUUGUUGUAUUUUGGGUGGACGGUCUGUGGAAAGGCGGGGAGAGGGGAGCACAUUUCACACAUUACAUACCUACACACCUACCUAAACAUAAUCAUGUACUAUUAGCACACCACGUGGUCUCUCUAGACCCUGCCUCGCUCGAACCAGUUCGCUGUACGACGUGGCAACAAAAUCGAUGAACCAUCAACCAGCCUUGCCAUUCAUCCUCCCGAAGCUUCGACCCCAUAUUCCAUGUGUUCUUAUUCCAAUAGUUUAGGACUAAUCUGCCAACGCAACCCGAACACAAUGGCCCUGAAAAAAAAAUAGCUUUAUUCUCCGCACUCAGUUUAAAUGCUUCCAAUUAACCAUUGACAGGAUCAUCAUUCCCUCGGCACCAUUUCGCAAGUCCCAUUACCCACACUUCAUCUAGACGCAGUUUCAGGACAAUUGUCUCCCCAAUCGACAAGCCUACCCGACAAGCACCGCAGAUUCUGUCUGACCCGGAACGACUGCGACGCCCCGCACCCGAUACACGCAACCAUGCAAAAAGCAUGUCAGCAUGGUUCUCUGCGUGCACUCGCACGAACAAAGUUUCCACACCAAUGACACACCAAAGAGAGAUGGAUGUACGCGAGCAGGAUGAGGAAGCAAGCGUCUUCCUUGGAGCCACCAUGGUUGGUUGACUUGGGGCGCGCGAUCGACAAGAGACAUGCUGCCUGGUCAUCACGCCUGCCGUCACGACAAACGUUCGCACUGCAGUACCGACGAUCCACUCUAUCUUGUACCGCUUCAGAUUAGUUACUCGCCGCCUUGUUCUGCGCACCUUCCAACAACAAGCGGUGUUUUCUUGGUACAUACACCUCGUUUCUGUCCCGUCGACGACACGCACUGAACAAUCAACCAGACAUCAGCACAUACACGUGUCAUCCCAGACCGCCCGCCCCUCGGGACACCUCGAGGCAAGACGGCGGCAAGGUGGACCACGGAGGGAAGAAGGAAGCCCGGAACCGGAAGGAGAUCAUCGCCCUCCCCCCGGCGUGGCGCCAACCCGGUCGGCCCUUCCCACAGCCUUCGCCAACUGGGACUGAUGCCCAAGAACCCCAACAAGGCCACAAGGCAAAGACGUGGAGCCCUAUAUUGACGCCUUACCUUGGGGCGAACACCUCAAAAGGGGGUGGGACAACAAGGAGGAGGCGAAUAAGAUACUUCGGCGACAACUUUCCUCUCUUGACCAAAGAGGAAGAUAACCAACCUUGUCGAGGAACCUUGAGGGCUACGCUAUGUUUCAAAUCUGCAAAUCAGUCUUUUCGGCUCCAAGCCCAGGGCUGCUGAGGAGAUGGCUCUGAUCAUUGCCCUCAAUGGUAAGUUCCAAUCAUACGGCCAUCGCCCAGUGGAAGCUUGAAUUUGCUGAAGCAGUGCUGAUCCGGGGCUAGAAAGCGGGGGUAUAACCACCAGAGAACCAAGAAAAUCUGAACAUGACACCCUCUACGCGCGCUCUCGUCUAACAUAUAGAUGGAGACCAUCUUACUCGUCUACCACCGAGGACAUGUGAACACGGCCUUCAUCUAGCACACUCUGUCUGGAACGGGGAUGGAGGGUGGGGUUGUUGGUGGUGAUGAUACUGCAAGUCCCUACCGUUCGCCAUCGCUUUUCCCAACCGGGUCCCUUCCCUUCACAGCCACAAUGGACACCUCCUGAUCGCUCUUCUCAUCUAUGUACAUACAAUUCAAACCAGGACAAUGAAGCGGGACACGAUGGGGCUGCAAGAUGAUGAAGCAUAAGAAGAAAAACUGGGAACAGGAUGGGUUCCUAUUCGACAAAAUGACGCAGUCGGGAAGACCUGCCUGCGAAUGCAGAGUUCCUCAAGCCGCCCGGCCCCCACAACCAUCUACGUUGUUUCGGCAGUGGGAACACACGGAAAGAAAAACAGACGAGACCCAGACACAUGGCGAGGUCGGGCAGAUAGGAACCUGGAACUCGGAGGAAAGCACCACAGGGUGAGACAUUGGGAUGUGGGCUUUUGGUGUCAGAUGGCGUAGAGGGCCGAACGGUAACGGCUACUGUCAAAACUGCGCCUUCUUUCGGCAUUCAGCUUUUGUAGGAGGCUGGAGACUGACAUCAAUAAAGGGAUUAUGAGAGAGGGUCCUCCUCCAUUUUGUUCACAAAAAAAAAAAAAGCUGGAAAGCUGCCGAGGCGUGUCCAAUGAGUGCUUGAUCUCGAGCGGCACAGGCACCAGAUGCCUCCCACUGUGCCUUUAGCCUUUUUCAGCUACCUCAGCUUUUGGCAACACGAAGGAAGGCCCCCACUAGGCUCAUUAUCAGAUCCGGAAUCACAGAAUCACAUUGCAUAACACCACCUACCCAUGCCC